UGUCAAAAAAUUAUUUAUUAAACACAAUACCGAAUACGGUACGGAAUUGGUGCGGAACUUACGGAAUAUUGCAGUAAAAUUUAAUUGUUGGUAUUUAAAAAAGGCAAAAAAAUUAAAUGUCACAAGAAAUCUCUCUCAAAGAUUUAUUUCUGCAAGUUAAGAAUAAAAAUGAAUAUUUGAAAGUAUGCGCACCGAUGGUGCGAUAUAGCCGAGUACAAUUUCGCACACUCGUUAAAAAUUAUGGGGUCGAUUUGUGUUUUACGCCAAUGAUAUUGGCAGACUCGUUUUGUCAAAAUUCAAAAGCCAGAUAUAAUGAAUUUUUAACAACAGAUACAGAUUCUCCUUUAAUUGUUCAAUUUGCGGCAAAUAACGCUAACGACUUUUUGGACGCCUCAAAGUUAGUGCAUCCAUAUGCGAAUGGCGUGGAUUUGAAUUGUGGAUGUCCACAGAGGUGGGCCAUGAAAGAUGGAUAUGGCUGCUCAUUACUGUCGAAGCCUGAUAUCAUACAGGACUUAGUAUUAGGUGUAAGAAAUAAUUUGCCAUCACAUUUUAGUGUGUCUGUUAAAAUAAGAAUACUACAGGAUAUAAAGAAAACUAUAGAACUAUGUCAUCAACUACAAAGCUGUGGAGUGGAUUUUAUUACAGUUCAUGGCAGGACGCCAUCACAAAAAAGUGGAGAAAAAGUUAAUGUAGAUGCUCUCAGGGAAGUAUGUGCCAGUGUUCAAGUGCCAAUUAUUGUUAACGGAGGUGUGAAGACUUUAAAAGAUGCAGAUGACCUUUAUUCUGCUGUAAAAUGUAAUGGUGUAAUGGCUGCUAGCGGGCUAUUGACAAAUCCAGCCCUCUUUGAUGGAAGCACAAAAACUCCUCAAACCUGCAUUAAAUUAUGGAUGGACCUAAAAAAUAAGAGUAAUGAUCACAUCACAUUCCAAUGUUACCAUCACCAUUUAGUUUUUAUGCUAGAAAAAAUACUCACAAAGCCCGAAAGACAGGAAUUUAAUUGCCUCAGUACGUUUGAGAGUGUAGACGAAUAUUUGAAGAUGAAUAUUUUGAAUGACCAUACUACACCAGAUUACGAACAUUCGUUGGGAAACUUUAUAAAAUGUGAGUUUGAUGAAGGUAUAACAUCCCAACAUGGGAAAAAAUGUAGAGGGUGCGGAAAAAGUACUUGCUAUUGUAUAUGUAAUAGGUACGACUGUGACAAAACUGAUGGCAAAUAUUUUAGCUCAUUUUUGGAGGAAAGUGAUUCCUUGGAUUAUAUGGAAACAAACAUGUUUGCUGAAACAUUAUGAUAAUAAUUCUUUAUACUUAAACCAUCAACUGCUGGAAGAAAUAGCAAAUAUGUUUUUCAUUUAGCUGACAAUAUUAUUUAUAUUUCUAGUGCACAAAUUAAAGAUUUACUAUAUUGAA